AUGGAUGACAUUGUUGAUGCAUUGCUUCUCAAGCUUCACUCAAAGAUAUGUUAUCAUAGGGAUGCCAGUGUCGACUACCUGGAAAUCAAGGCCACGGUUGAUAAACUCGUAGAGGCGAACAAAAGGCUCAAGGAUGAGAAAGUGGACUUCCAGGAUGUCAUUAAUAUGGUCACAGAAGACAAGGAGAAUUUGCAGCAUGACUGUCAAGUAAUCAAGGAGCGGGUGGCAAAAAAGGAGGAGCAACUUGAAACUGUAAAGAAGGAACUUGAAGAAGCAAAACAUGAACAUGUGGCAGCAAAGAAGGAGCUUGAGGAAGAAAAACUUGGCCAUGUGGCAACAAAGAAGGAGCUUGCGGCGGCACACCAACAACUUGCUCAAAGGAACGAAGAGCUGGAGAUUUUAAGGAAGAAGCUUCAAGAGAGUGAACAUGUACCUUCCAAAAGGGUCGAGGUGGAACAGUGUGUGCUAGCAGUUGCAAGUGAGGAAGGAGGCCAUCGUCGUAGCAGGCCAUGA